AUGCCCAGCACCACCAUGCACGCCUCAUCACCCUUUGCUCACCUGCUGCUGAUCGCGCUGGGGGCCCUGAGUGCCCUGGCCCUCCCCGGGAAGCCGGCCGCAGGCCCCAGUGACCUCAUCUUCCAAGAGGACUGGGCCUGGCAGCCCCAAGACAGUCCUGGGCACCUGUGUCUGAUGUCACUGGGUUGGGGCAGCAACAGGACCCAAGCUCCCCUGCAGGUGGUGGGUGCCCUACGCACCUACGAGCAGGCUUUCCUGGAGGCAGUGCACCACGCCCACUGGGGCCCCCGAGACCUGGCCACCUUUGGACUCUGCUCCCUGGGUGACAGCCAGGGGACCCUGGACGCACUUCAGCAGUUGGGCACCUGGCUCAGGGCACCCGGGGUGCAACGCCUGGUGGUCCUGCACCUGAAGGAAGUGUCAUGGGAACCCACACUGUCCAUGAGUUUCCAGGAACCCCUGACCAGAGAAGCCGGCCCCCUGCACAAGGCCCUGCUGGUGCUGUACCCCGGGGCCGCCCUCUCAGUCACCAUCUCAGGAGCUGGGCUGCUGGGCACCCAGAGUCUCUGCUCAUCCAGGGGCACCCGCUACCUGGCACUGGCUGUGGACCGCCCAGAGGGUGCCUGGCAAGGUACUGGGCUGAACCUGACCCUGCAGCCACACACAGAUGGUAUUCCCCUGAGCACAGCCCGGCUGCAGGCACUGCUCUUUGGCACCGACCUGCGCUGCUUCACACGAAUGACACCGGUCCUGCUGCUGCUGCCGCCAUCGCUGAAGCCCCAACCCACACCACUGCCGGCACAUGGCUGGCUAGACUGGGUGCCGUUCCCAUCGCCCAGGCCUUCACUGGAGCCCACGGCCCCGCGCAGCUCGGACCCUUUCCUGGAGACCCUCACGCGCUUGGUGCGCACACUACGGGGUUCCCCAGGUCCGGCUUUGGCGCCGCGCCUGGCCCUGGACCCAGGGGUGCUAGCCGCUCUCCCGCAGGGACUCCUCAACCUAUCGGACCCCGCUGCGCUCCAGAGCCUGCUGGACGGCGAGGAGCCGCUGCUGCUGCUGCAGCAGCCACCGCUGGCCAGUGACACCGCGCCCGCAAUGGACCCCGCAGGGGAGGCACGGUGGACGGCGGGCCUGGCGUUCCGCGUGGCCGCCGAGCUGCAGGUGGAGGCCGCCGCGCUUCGGGGCCUCCCAGGGUUGCCGCCCGCCGCUGCACCAUUGUUGGACCGCCUAUUGGCGCUGUGCCCUGGGGGCACCAGCGCGGAUGGCCCCGAACGGCCGCUGCACGCACUGCUGCUGCUGAAGGCGCUGCAGGGCCUCCGCGCCGAGUGGCGCCGGCGUGAGCGGCGCGAGCGACCUCACCGUAGCUCGGGCGCGGCUCCCGGCGGCGAAGGGCCGUGCGCGCUGCGCGAGCUCGUCGUAGACCUGCGUGCCGAGCACUCUGUGCUCAUCCCGGAGACCUACCAGGCCAACAACUGCCAGGGCACGUGCGGGUGGCCGCAGUCCGACCACAGCCCGCACUACGGCAACCACGUGGUGCUCCUGCUGAAGAUGCAGGCGCGCGGCGCCGCCCUGGCGCGACCGCCCUGCUGCGUGCCCACGGCCUAUGCCAGCAAGGUGCUCAUCAGCCUGUCCGAGGAGCGCAUCAGCGCACGCCACGUGCCCAACAUGGUGGCCACAGAGUGCGGCUGCCGGUGACCCAAAGGGCCUGGUGUGCCCCUGUCCGUAUUUAUUCUGUCCCCACACCAAACCCCAAUAAAGACCAACGCGCGCGCCCUGCAGUGCGCAUCCCGAAGCAUA